CUGAUCGAGAGCGGCAAGCGGCAGGGCGCGCGGCUGGUGGCGGGCGGCGAGCGCGCGGGCCACGUGGGCUACUUCGUGCAGCCGACCGUGUUCUGCGACGUGCGCGACCACAUGGACAUCGCGCGCCGAGAGAUCUUCGGCCCGGUGCAGCAGAUCAUGAAGUUCUCGCAGAUCGACGAGCUGCUGGAGCGCGCCAACGACACGCACUACGGCCUCGCCGCCGCCCUCUUCACCGGGGACUUGGACAAGGCCAACUAUCUCAUCCAGGGCCUGCGUGCCGGCACCGUUUGGGUGAACGACUACAACGUUUUCGGCAACCAAGUGCCAUUCGGCGGCUACAAGCAGUCCGGCAUCGGCCGUGAAAACGGACCCUACGGUAUACACAAUUACACCGAAGUGAAGAGUGUCAUCGUAAAGAUCACCGAAAAGAACUCGUAA